AUGUCUGCAAAUGUUUUACGUCAAACGUUGAGAAACUGGUACGACCGAGCCGUGUCUGGGUCGCAGAAUAGCAAGUGGUCUCCCGACGACCUUUUGAUCUCCUCAAGAUAUUCGAAGGCAUCUCAUGUGAAGAAGAAGUCGAUGAUGAAGAAAUCCGUGGGGUACGGCGAAAUGCCAAGUCUACACGACUUGAUAGAAAGGUACGACUUUUGGGUGAAGCACUUGGUCAGAAUGAAGAACAUCGUAGCGCAAAAAUCUGAUUUCUGGGCGUUGGCCUGGGACGUGGAUGAAACGGAGGAACAGUUGGAUGCGAUAAAUUUCAUCAAGGCUUUCUGUCGGAUGCAAUUGAUCAGGCGGAAACUGAUAAGCUACAGAGAAUCUUUGAUGACACUCGAGAUCUUCUUCCUGCGCAGUUGCAUCAAUCGAAAAUUUGUCGGUGAGCAGACUAGAAUGCUGAAGAAUGCAGCAACUCUCAUACAGAAACGGAUUCGGGGGAUUCUCGGAAGGCAGAAAGCCGAAGAGUUGGGAAUGAAGAUGAGAGCCAUGCUGGACUCGAUCCUCCUGAAGAAGGAGUCCAUGGCGAUCGGUCAGAAGGUCAUAAUCUCUCCGCACUUGUUCUACCCUUGUCACAAGCUCAACAAGAGCAAGGGGAAGAUUAUGAGGAAAGAAUUCAGACAGGGAACCAUUGUCAAGAUCCUAGGAGACAGAUGCCGGAUCUUCUUCGACCACGUCAUUUCUGAGAUCAAGUUUGGCGAAUACAAGUACUCGCAUCUUCUCUUGUUGAAGGACAUCCCGAGGCUACAGGAUGAUCCACGGGCAGAGGUCUUAAGCCCAAGGCUCCUCGUUGCUGAGAUCGUCAACGGGAUCGUUGAGAAUGCUUGCCGCGAAAUCGGUUACAGCCGUAGAGGACGCUACACCUACAGGCCUCGCAAGAAAGCUGACGUCAGCUCCCUGAGACCCACCAGCUGGUACGGUAGCAACCGAUCUUCGCAGCCACACGCAGACGGCUUCAAGACUCCCUACAUGACGAGGAGGGAGACGAACGGGCGAGUGCUAAGUUCGCAGAGCCGCUCGCUCCCCCUUCCCCUGCUCUCUCGCAGAGACUCCUUGUUUCUGAGCAGCAGAAGCGCAACCCUGCACCCUUCGCCCCGUGUGAGAGAGGAGACAACGGUUCUGAGGUAUUCAAACCAUUUACAACAGAGAUAUUAA